CCCGCCCCCAGCGCGCCGGAAGUGGAGUGCGGCGCCGCGCCGCACGCUGUCAGUCUCUGUAGCUCGUAGCCCGCGCGAUCGCGGGACUUCUCCAGGCAGCGCGGGCGUCUCCGGGCCCCUCGGGCUCCGCGGUCCGGAGGGCACCAUGGACAACAAGGAGUUAAUCGAAUACUUUAAGUCUCAGAUGAAAGAAGAUCCUGACACGGCCUCAGCAGUGGCUGCCAUACGGACUUUACUGGAGUUCUUGAAGCGAGACAAAGGGGAGACAAUCCAGGGCCUGAGAGCGAAUCUCACCAGCGCCAUAGAAACCCUCUGUGGCGUGGACUCCUCGGUGGCCGUGUCCUCGGGCGGGGAGCUCUUCCUGCGCUUCAUCAGCCUCGCCUCCCUUGAGUACUCCGAUUACUCCAAAUGUAAGAAGAUCAUGAUCGAGCGGGGAGAGCUUUUCCUCCGGAGAAUAUCACUGUCGAGAAAUAAAAUUGCAGAUCUGUGCCAUACUUUCAUCAAAGACGGGGCGAGAAUAUUAACUCACGCCUACUCCAGAGUGGUCCUCAGGGUCUUGGAAGCAGCUGUGGUGGCCAAGAAGCGUUUCAGUGUGUACAUCACAGAGUCACAGCCUGACUUAUCAGGUAAGAAAAUGGCCAAAGCCCUCUGCCACCUCAACGUCCCUGUCACAGUGGUCCUGGAUGCUGCUGUUGGCUAUAUCAUGGAGAAAGUGGAUCUUGUCAUAGUUGGUGCUGAAGGAGUCGUUGAAAACGGAGGCAUCAUCAACAAGAUUGGAACCAACCAAAUGGCUGUGUGCGCCAAAGCACAGAACAAGCCCUUCUACGUGGUUGCAGAAAGUUUCAAGUUUGUGCGGCUCUUCCCACUAAACCAACAAGAUGUCCCAGAUAAAUUUAAGUAUAAGGCCGCUACCCUGAAGUCUGCGCACACUGGACAGGAUCUCAAAGAGGAGCACCCGUGGGUCGACUACACCUCCCCGUCCUUAAUCACACUGCUGUUCACAGACCUGGGCGUGCUCACGCCCUCAGCUGUCAGCGACGAACUCAUCAAGCUGUACCUGUAAGCGCCGGCCCGCCCCUGCCCCCGCCACGGACAGCCGAGGCAGGCGGGCAGAGUGAGUAGCCUCUCGGGCCCAUGUGAGCCAGUCCAAGACUGAAUUUCUUUCUCUAAAUCAAGAUGAAUGGACUAAGGACUUAAAUUCCUAAGUCUUGGAGAAAUUUUUAUUCAUUUCCGUCCUAUUUAAGUAUGUUCAUGGUUCCUCAAAAACUCAAAUUAUGCUGACGGUUUCCAGACACUUCCAUUCAUUUCCUGUUUCCAGAAAUACAGGUUAGAUUAUUGGCUACUUAACCGAUGAAAGACGUGCCUAAGUCCCCUCCCUCCAUCUUCUCUGCUCUCCAGACUGAAUUUGCCAAAAGCUUCAAAGAGAUGCAGGCCUAAAAAAGCAGGUGCUCCUGACUGCAGCCGGCUGCCCCUUCCUCACUGGCCAGCAGCUGCCCGGGACACGCAAUACAUGUGGCGCCUUGUAAGAAAGGCAGAAAACACUCACUCCCUUGGCCUCGGGCUUCCAGUGAACACGAGCCAGGGGCCACCAUCCCCCGGCUGGCAUCAAGCCGAGUGGAGUGGAAACCACCCACAGAGCCCCAAGAGGGCAGAAGCGGCAGUUAGCGGGAGUAUCCACAUGGCUUGCCAGUUAAGACGCCUUCCAGAACAUUUGUUACAUUAAAUUCUGCAUCUGCAAAUGAUGUGAAUUUUAACAGGUUUGGGACCUGAGCAACUUUUAAAAAUUGUACUUGGGAACAAAUUCAGCAUCUUUUCAAAUAAAUUGCAUGAGACUUUGAUACGGUGUUACAUUGGGACUGAGCGCUGCCCCAAGCCCCACUGUUGGCCACAGUGGUGAAGGCACCUUGUAGCCACAUUUACACACUUAAGAUACAGCUGGUGAGAAGAAAAUACAGUUUAUUCAACAGAGGCGUAAUAAUUUUCUUUCCCAGGGUAUGACCCACUUCCUCAGUUUUUUAGACACCCCCCCCCCCCGCCCCAAAACAGUACUAGGGACUUUUCUAAGGAAAGAAACACGCCAGCAGCAUUAGCCGCCCUAUGCAGGUGCUCAGUGCAUCAGAGACCUGAAGUCCAGGGGUCAGACACCCAGGGAGGUACGGUGCCUGCGAACACGAAGGAACCUUAAACAGCCUACAAUCGAGUCUACUUCAGUAUCUGCGUGUUAA